ACCGGGUCCUGUUUGCGGACGGACACAUCACGACUUCCUGUGGUGGGACGCUGUAGUUGCGUAUUAAAGAACAGAAACAUGACGGUGAGCGCGUGUUAAAGUACCGUCUCUCCGUCACUAAGCCCUCCCCGUGUGUCCUCGCUGUGUGCCGUAGGUCCAGUGUGAGUCCGGAUUCAGACAAUGUCGGACCGCUCCAGCUCGGACGGCGGCGGGGCGCCUCGGAGCCCUCGGGCCCGGAGACCCCGCACUCGAUCCCGCAGCCGCAACCGCAACGACAGCCGCGAACGGAGCCUGUCUCCGGACAGUUUUGGGCCCAAACUCCCGAAGCCGCGCAACAAGGAGCGGGAGCGCGAGGAGCGAGAGCACCGAUUCCGAGAGGCUCGAAACCUCCGACGGAUCCGGAUAGGAAGCCCCCGACACAGCCGGUCCCGGUCCCGGUCCCGGGAGCGUCACAACAAUAACAACAACAGUCACAACAUUCACAACAACUGGUCCGAGCAGCGGGACGCUGCUGGAAAACACGGGAGCUUCAAAGAUGAAUACUACUACGAGCAGCAGAGGGACGAUGCUCAGAGACAGAGACAGGAGGCGUUUAUUGCCAGACGUCUGCAGGAGAGGGAGAGGAUCGGUGAGUUAGGUUGUCCUGAAGUCUGGGGAUAUUCACCAAGAGUCAAAGAGCCAGACUCCGAUGAAUUCACACCAGUCGAAGAAGACGAGAAGAACAGCAGCUCAGAGUCGAGCUCAGAAGAAGAGAAGAAGAAGAAGAAAAAGAAGAAGAAGAAAUCCAAGAAGAAAAAGAACAAAAAGCACUCGGAGGACAGCGAACUGGAAUCAGAUUCAGAUGAAGAGGAAAUAAAGAAGAAGAAAAAGAAGAAGAAGAGCAAAAAGUCCAAGAAGUCCAAGAAGAAGAAGGCGAAGAAGAGCCGUAAGGAGUCCAGCAACUCCAGCAGUGAAGAGUCAGAGGAGGAGGAAGAGGAGGAGGAUCCCAACGGGGUAAUGUGGGUGGAGAAAACCUGCAUGGACGAACACGUGGUCGGCCCCGAAGCUCCGCUCACCCACAUGUCCCAGGACGACAGACCUCUGGAUUUCGGCCACGCGCUGUUGCCAGGUGAAGGUGCUGCGAUGGCUGAGUACGUGAAAGCAGGCAAACGUAUUCCGAGAAGAGGUGAGAUCGGACUCACCAGCGACGAGAUCGCAAACUUUGAGAAGUCCGGCUACGUGAUGAGCGGCAGCAGACAUCGUCGUAUGGAGGCUGUGCGUCUGAGAAAGGAAAACCAGAUCUACAGUGCCGAUGAAAAGAGAGCUCUGGCCUCCUUCAACCAGGAGGAGAGGAGGAAGAGGGAGAGCAAGAUCCUGUCGAGCUUCAGGGAGAUGGUGUACAGGAAAACCAAAGGCAAGGAGGAGAAGUGAAUGUCUCGUUUGUACAGGAUUUACCCUUUUUACUGGACCCUGUGACCUCCAGUCUUGAGACUAGAGGUGUUUAUGUUUUAUGUUUAACAGCAUUCAGUUUUAAAGAGACGUACGAUGUGGAGGGAGGAUUUUAAUUGUAAAGAAAUGUGUGCAAAUGAGUCUGAAAAGUACUCAGUUGUAUUAUAUUCUCCAUCCUAUUUACCCGUUGGAUUUUGUCUUUCCUUUCAGUUGUUAAACUUUAUUUUCUUCUGUACAUUUUAGAAUGGUAAAUAAACUUUCAUUAUUAAGUCA